CGAUUGACCAACGGCGCACAGACCCAUCCACUCAGCCAGAGAUGUCUCAACUGUUGAACCUCUAUCUCUUCGCUUACAAUUCCCUUCAGGCCUUUGGAUGGGCAAUUUCUCUCUUUAGAAUUAUAAGCAACUUCGUUUCCACCAAAUCUUUUGAUGGCGCUUACUCUUCUGCCGGAGAGCUAAUCUCUUUGUUACAAACUGUUGCAUUCUUGGAAGUUUUACAUGGAGCCAUAGGUAUUGUUCCGAGUGGAGCUCUGGUUCCUCUGAUGCAAUGGGGAGGAAGGACCCAUUUCUUGUUGGCAAUUGUCAAUCGCAUCGAAGAGGUGCAAGAGCUACCAUCAGUAUUCAUUGCUUUUGUUGCAUGGUGCCUAAUUGAGGUAAUCAGAUAUCCACAUUAUGCUUUAAAUUGCAUUGGAAGUUCUCCAUCUUUGAUUACCUAUCUCAGGUACACUGCCUUUAUUGUGUUGUUUCCAACGGGCUUCACAGGUGAAAUGUGGCUCAUGUACGAAGCACUUCCAUUUAUAAAAACAAAAAACCUCUAUUCCGAUUUAUUUGAUGGCUUCCCUUUCAGCUAUUAUGAUUUUGUUAAGGUUCUGCUUCUCUGCUACCCGUUUCUAUGGUUGAAGCUUUACCUGCAUAUGUUUAAGCAAAGAAAGUCCAAACUGAGUAAACAGCAUACGAAGAAGAAGAAAAACUGACGGUUCAAGUUCUGUCAGUUAUCACUCAUUUAUUUUUACGAGGUUUCUUCAACAAGCGAGUAUAUAAUGUGUGGGCAGGUGAACUUCGAUGAUGCUAAACAUUAUCUUUUUAUUUUUAUUUUUUGAUAGGUGACAUUAUAUUAAUCUCCUAGGCUCCAUUGAUUAAUCUCAUCGAAGUUGUAAAAGAUCUCUUUCAAAGAUUCAAAGAACUACUACAGUUCAUAUACCUUUCAUCCCUUUUCUAUCAAGAACAACUUCCUUUUGUUGGCAGUCAUGGAAGUAUUUAUGGAAGAAUGAUCCUUUUCACCGGCCACUUGGUCUAGGUUGUAUCGACUCCACCUCUCCAAAGGGGGGAGGUCGAGGGUUCAAGCUCCAAGUUGGGCAAAAUGAGUGUGCGCAUUGCUUCUUUUUUUUUUUAAUAAUAUUCUUGUUCUGCUA